UUGUGUGAAUAAAAGAAGGAAACAAAAAAGACAAAAUAAUUAGCAAACAAACAAAAUCAAAUCAAUGAUAAGAUUAUUCUUCUCAUAGAUCUUUUCAAUUAUUAAACGUUCCAUUUUUAGGUUACGCCAUGAAAGAUAUUCGUUUAUAUUUCACUUUUUGUUGUUUUUCGUUUCGUACAUGCAUUUUUUUCUCUUUUUUAGUGUAUAAAAAGAAUUAUUAAUUAAGACAAAUCAUGUAUAUACACCUACUGUACUAUUAUAAGAGUAUUAUUCAGCACGCUCUAAGGAUCCUGUUAUUUUUUUAUUUUUUUUGUGACCUUCUUUAAAUCAUCGAUCAAAACAUUUUUAUAAUGAAGUUUUUAUUAUUAUUAUUAUUAUUACUAUUACUAUUACUAUUACUAUUACUAUUACUAUUACUAUUACUAUUACUAUUACUGUUACAAUUAUUAUUAUUAUUAUUAUUAUUAUUAUUAUUAUUAUUAUUAUUAUUAUUAUUAUUAUAUAUUUUACAAUAUAUAUAUAUAUAUAUAAAAUAAUACAGGAAAGAUUAGAAUUUGAUUUUCUUCUAUUGUAUGUGUUUGCGUGUGUGUGUGUGUCAUGAACACAGUAUAUGUGUAAUAUGUAUGCGUGUAUAAUAGAAAUAGAGAGAGGUUUCUGUUCACAUAUAUACACACGUAUGUAUAUGUAUAUACAAUUUGAAUUUAAGGUUAACUGUAUGAAAUGAAGCUUUUUCAAUACCUCUUUUAUAAUUUUUUCGAGAAUUUAAUUGAGCAAUUCACAAAUCGAUUGAUCAAUCAUAAUCAUGAUUAUUAUUUUUUAUUUAACACACAUCCAGAAUUGCUCCUUAAAAAAACUCGUCCGUGUUCAUUGUUAUAUUAAUUAUUAUUAUUAGCGUUUUUAACUCAGUUUGUGUAUAAGAGACUGAUACAUAAAUUUCCUUACUCAUCCAUAUAUAUAUAUAUAUAUAUAUAUAUAUAUAUAUAUAUAUAUGUAUGUAUGUGUGUGCGUGCGCGAGUGUGUACAAACACACACACACGUAUGUAUAUAUGUAUGUUUUCAUUCGGUUUUCAUCGAUUUUCAUCAUUUUCAUUGAUAUAACUCGAUUCACGUACAAAGUGAUUGAAGGAGUAAUAGAGAUCAUCGAUCGAGGACCAACGAUCGUAGAAUCAUUGAUGUGUAAAAAAAGAAUAAUAAAUGAUAUGUGUAGACUAAUUGAUAUUCUUAUUUUAUUUUCGUAAAUAUUGAAAAUCUAUGCAAUAUAAUUUAAAAAACGUAAUUAAUUCAAAUUUAAUUCCAUUAUCUACUCGUUUUUUUAUCUUAUUUAUGAAUAAUUAUUCCUUUUUAAUAGAAAAUUUUAUUAUAUAAUCCUUUUUAAAAGAAGAAUUGGAAAUUAUGAAUUCAAUUAAUAAAAGUCGACUAAAAUACAAAAUUCAAUGAAACUCCGAAGCCCAUUUAACGAAUCGAAUCGUGAAGGUUUCCAUAACAACGAAUGUUUCCCCUUUUAGUAACUGUUAUGGCGGACAGUGAGGGUAAGUUUCCAUACGUCACGUUGCUUACAAGCAUAAUCGAAGUUUGGAAUAGUGUUUUGAUGUGUGUCUAGUGAUACAAGGUUCGUUCCUUUUGUUUUUACGUCAAAAUCAUUACCAUUUUUCUUUUCUAAUUUCCAAAUAAAAUCAUGUGCAUUAGAUAAACGGUAAAUUUUAUGAGAAUAGAUGAUCGUCUUUAUUUUCUAAUUUUUUUAUUUUUUUUUUUUGAGGAAAAGUUUUAACUUAUAUUAUCGUAAAAGCUAUACAAUGCUUUAGCGUUAUUAAAAUGUCAUAACACUAUAAAAGGAAACUUGUAAGAUCACGUAGGCGAAACUAAUAUUGCGGGGGCGACAUGACGUCUUGUUUUCAUCGUUAUCGUUUCUUCCCCAGAAGAAUUAAGUUAGUCGCAGGUAAUCUAGCUUCUCCUAUUUAUUAUAUUUUCUCAUAGUUUGAAAGAACAAUUCGAGUAUUUUUCGUGUGACCUUGAGAAGAUCCAUAAAUCCAAGAAGAGAACAGAAUAGUUCGAAGCAAUACACCAAGAAGUGUAUUAUUUUUAAAUUAUUUUCCAUAUGUGAAUAAUGAAUCAAUGAAAUGGCGAUGACUGUAAGAAAAAUGUCUGGAAAAUCCUGAUCUUAUCGAAUGAACCGAUUCGAAGAUAUCGCUUUGAAGAAAGAUAUUUGAAUAAAUGGAGGGAGAUACAUCUGAAGUAUUAUUGCCCUGUGCAAUUUGUACACGGACAUUUAUGCCACGAUCUUUAGAAAAACAUGCAAAGAUAUGCGAACGAGCUGCUGCAAAAAAACGAAAGCCAUUCGAUUCGGCUAAACAGAGAAUUCAGGGUACCGAUCUCGCGGAAUUUCUUCCUCGACAGGAAAAGAAAAGAUAUUCGAAUGACGAGAAACGUAAAUCUUCUUGGAAAGAGACGCAUGAUGAUUUUUUACGAACGAUUAGGGCAGCUCGAAGUGAAACGGCAAGUAUAAUAAUAAAUCAAAGGCAAUCGAGUUCCCACGCGUCUUCAGGUGCGCCAAUGAGAGCAAAUGAAAAGGGUACGUGUCCAACGUGUAAUCGUCAAUUUGGGGUAAAGGCAUACGAUCGACACGUAGCCUGGUGCAAGGAAAGAUCAACGAGAUUACCGAUAAGUCCAGCUACGAAGAACAUUGCUAAGGAACGUUUGGAAGCCCGUAUGAAGUAUCGUGCGCCGACUUUAAAAAAUCGUCGAAAGAGUAAUCGUGAUAAAUAUUCUCAGAGUUGUACAGCUAUUAAAACACCUAACAGAGUAAGAGAGACUGCUUCUGUACCUGAUAAUACUCGUGAGAAGAUCAAGGAGAAUAUUACUGAUUCGCAAAAACCAAUCAUAAUUGGCCGAGGAGAUCAAUCAAAUAAUAAAGAAACUUAUAAUUUAGGAGAAUCUAGAGAAGCAACGAAACGUUCUAUAGCUAGGCCAACGUCCUCUUUGCGUUCGAUCAUCCCUGAACUGAGAACUAUGAACCCUUCCCUCGAAAUCUCCUUAAAACACAAGAAGGAACCAGAGGCUAAGACACUUCAAACUGAUCCCGUCCAAUAUACCACGAAAUCUGAAAGGAUUCAACGGGCUAAGAUACAAAUAAGAAGAUUGGAUAGUAAAAUGAUCGACGAUUAUUACGACGGAUCAUCCAAUACCUCUCUCAUAGAUCAUACUGAGAAAAAAAGUCGCACACUAACUUUAUCCGGCAGAUCGGUAAAAACCGAUCGUAUGAUCACUGCUAGAAAUCAAGGCAAUUCGAAAGUAAAUGACGUCACCGUUAACGAGAAUAUUAUCGAGAUGAUCGUACAACCUUGUAAUAUAUACAAUGACGACAAUGGUGCAUUAAUCACGUGGGAAGGAAUGAAAAUUGAUCGAGAGUGUAAUCGGUCUAACUCAAAGGACAAUGUUGUUAGAGGAGUAUCAUGUCAUCAACUUACUCGUUCUUAUUUUCAAUCGGACAAUAAAUCUUUCGAUGAUGAUAAGAGAGAUCGAGAGAUAUCUCACGUGGAAGAUUUAUUAAUACCAAAGGAUAAUAUUGAUAGCUUUGAAAAUGAUCAAGCAAAAAAUAUAACUUGGACGAAUAGUAUACAAAGAUUAAAUCAAACUUACUUGAUCAAAGAUUCCGACGAUCAUGAAAUCGUUAAUAAAGAUAUUUUUCACGAUUCUAAUCGAUCUAACGAUUCUAUCGAAAUUAAUGAUAAUCAAAUUGUUAGAUCGAACUCGACUCGAGAAGAUCGUUAUGAAAAUGAUCCUGGAAAGAUUGAAAUUAAUUAUGAGAUACAAUUAGAUCAUGAUUCAACAUCUAAUUAUAGCUUACCAGAAGCUAAAUCGGAGAUUUAUGUGAUAGAAAAAUAUGAUAAAAUUGAAGAAAAUUCCAAUAAUGCUGAUAAUAAUAAAUCUGAAGAAAUACGUUAUAUAGAUUCAAUCAUCGAAAAUAAAAUGAUAGAUAAUAUCGUUUCUUUAUCGUCUUCUUCGGAUAUUGAAACGACCAUGAACGAGACGAAUGAUUCACCAGAAAAUGUAACAAUUAAUAGAAACGUUGUUACAUUAGUUCAAGAAAAAGAAGAAGAAGAAGAAGAUAAUUCAAACUUUGUUGACUCUGUAGAUAAGAAUGUUUCAUUUUACUCGCGUGGAUCUAUCGUUCGAACUGAUACGAAGUCCAAAGAACUGCAUAAUGUAUACGAAACGUCUACAAACAAGGAACUUGAUUAUGCCAGUGAACAAGAAAAAAAAGAAGAAGAAGAAGAAAUAGACAUAGAAGAAGAAGAUGAUGAUGAAGAAGAAAUAGAAGAGGAAGAGGAAGAGGAAGAGGAAGAAGAAGAAGAAGAAGAGGAAGAAGAUAUGGGAAAAGAUAUAGAUGAUAAAAAGUUAAAGAUAAUUGAUUGUAAAGACUGCGAGAAUGAUCACAGAAGAUUUUCAUCCAUUAAUUCGAAAACGCAUAGAAUUCGAUCCAUCAAAAUUAAUAGUAAAAUUCAAGAAAAUUUGAAUUUACUUCGUGGUAGUACCGAUACAUUGAUAUCAUCCGUCGAAGCGGUCGAUUUUGUUAAUAACAAACGAUCCAAUCACGUGAAUUCAAUCUGCGAAGAGGAAAAUGUCGAUCAAUCUUAUAGAAUCGAAAAUCAUUAUGAGAAAUAUGAAUUAUUACCUGAAAUUAAAAGAAAUAUUUCAACGGAGAAAAAUUCACAAAUUUUUGAUCAAAAUUAUCAUUGGAAGAAAACCUUGAAAUUUUCCAACGAUCGAUCGAUCAAUGAUCUAAUGUCACAUAAUUAUAGACAAAACAGGCUUCACAAAAGAAAUCCAAAAAUCCGUAUCCUUCCACCAAUCCUUAUUUUCUUCUUCUCCGAGGAUUCAAAGGUGAAAAUCUAUAAUAAAAAGAAAAAUAAAAACAAUAAAAAAAAAAAAAAAUCAUUUUCAAUAUCAAAAUCGAUCAUCCAUCGAAUUUAUAGGACUUCGAAUUCAUCUAAUCGUCCUCUAUGGAGUAAUUACAUGCGCAGACGACCGGAUUUUAAUCUCGUGCUUAGGUGUAGAAUUGGUUCCUGCAAGGAAUACAAUCCUUUUCUAAUAGCUGAACGACAAAUGCAAGAUUUACUAUCGGAUUCGAGUGAUUUAUCCUUAACAGAAAUUCCAUCGUCAUCAUCAACGAAAUCUCUCCUUCCUCUUUCACAUUCUUCCGCAUUCAUUAAAUACCCAUACCAAACUAAAACGAAUCAUUUAGAAAAACUCAUUACCAACGAAUUCGACGAACUUACGUCCGAUUUUUCGAGCGAUUCUACAGAAACGAAUUCACUAUCGCGUGAAAUAUUUCUUAAAGAUUUUCAUGAUUCAAAGAAAGACGAUCAGGCAAAAAAAAUUUCUAAUAGAGAACUCGGUCGUAGAAUGAUCAUUGACAAAUCAUUAGUUUUAGGUAAUGAAAUCAAUCAAGAUAAAUCUAAUAAUAUCAAUAAGCAAUAUAAAAAUGAUAUUUCAGGUCAUAUUUUUAAUAAAGGAAUCUCUAAAUCUGUAUCUAAUAGGCCACAAACGAUUCGUGCUUUUUCAGCACCUAAAUCUAUUUAUCAAAGAAAAAGUAAAACUUCUAAUGAUAAUAAUAAUCAAGGAGCGAAAUUUGAUAAUAAUGUGAAAAACGAUUAUUUAACAUUUUCAAGUAGCGAUCUUAGCCUAAGUUCGAUCGUUUCUUCCGAGAUCGAUCUAAAACGUUCUAAUUCUGUUUUCGAUCAAUUAAUAACUUCUUUCGAAGAUGAUAUCGUUGGUAAUGAUUCUUUUCCAUCCUUGAGGUCCCUCCUAAGAAACGAAUCCUUGAGAACUUCAUCCAAUGGUCCACCUGUUCCUGAUAAUAAAAGGCGAUUUGACGGACAUAUCAGUGAUGAGGAAUUUUCUUCAGCGGAUACCUUUAAACAACAGGAACAUAAAAUUAAUGCCGAUUCUGCAUACAGCAGUUUAAAUCGCAAAUAUUCCAACCAUGGACGCAGCAGCAACAACGAUACGACGAAUCGUAUGGAGGAUAACAUAUCCAGGAAUAAUCGUCGAGAAAGUCAGUCAUCAAUUUCAAAGACGAAAUGUAGGAUGUCAAGAUUUUGUCACGAGUGUGGAUCUAGAUUUCCUGAGACUGCCAAGUUUUGUUGCCAAUGCGGUGUCAAGAGGCUUGCACUUUGAUUUCUUUUUUUAUUUAUUUAUUUAGUUUUUUUACAUUCAUUGUCUAAUGAGAAAAGAAGAAUUUCUUUUUUUUUUUCUUCUUUCCUUUUCUUAAGAUCGAUGAUGAAUCGUUAAUUACGAAGAUUACAAACAAAUGCAAUAAUUAAUUAAGCUUAUUGUCAAAACGAUACUUGUAAUAUACAUAUGUAACUUAUAUAUUCAAGUGUCCUUUAUUAUUCUCUCAGGAAGUUUUGCAUUUUAAUUUUGAAAUUUAAUUCAGAUCUAAAUAUGUUUAUAGAAGAUGGAGGACACGCGCGCGCGCGAGCGCACGGUGUCUUAUAAUUUUAUUAUUAUAAAUAUAUAAAACGAGCAAUUUGUAUGUCGGAGUACUAUGCCAAUUUCAAUCUGUACGAAUUAUUUGUAAGUUGAAAUUGUAUUUUUACAAAUGCAAUAAAAUUAUGCUUCAUUA